AUGGCAUCAUCCAAGCUUCGAGAGCGAGGGAUGGUCAAAUACCAGACAGACAAACAGAGGGUGGCAUCCGAAGCCAGCGAACGAUCCAACCGGGGACUCCUUCAACCCUUAAGGAAAGACUCAGGAUGGUACCCAGAAUGUUCCCCGUACCGGGCACUCUCGGCCUUUCGAGAGCUGUAUCUCCGUGUGGAUCGUGCAAGUGGCGCGGCUAUCCAUGGUGCUCGUUGCCGUUCUGAAGAGCCGGACGAUGUCAUCGAUUUGAUUUCUGAUAUCGAGGAUGAUGAAAAAGACGUUUUUGAUAUCGAGAAUGAAGAAGAAGAUGGCUCCGAUGCCGAGAGCGAGGAGGAAGUCGUUAAGCAUUAUGCAGAUGGCGACAUCGAUGAGUCGGACGGGGAAGAAGAUUGUGGUGAUUCUGGGUUCGCCGGUACCUUCAUGCAUCUUCUCGUCCGGAAGUGUCCAGGUUAUCAUCCGUAUGCGUUGAGUUGGGCUGCGGAACCGGAAAGCCCUAAUCCGAUGCGCGCUCUGCUAGUAAUCAAGGCGCGGAAUGACACCCCGUGCCUCGUAUGCAUCCAAAAAAUCACGGCCACCUUUUGCAAUGGACGAAGCUACCUCCGAUACCACGAGAAGAAGCUGUUUAUUGAGUUCAAGAAGGAAUGA